CGACGUCCUGAGGAUGCCAAAGCCCCCUCGCUGCACUCGUCAGCUGUGCACCAGGAACCCCUGCCCCGUUAGGACACUUCCUCCUUCCUGAGGAUAGUAAAGCACUUGCUGGCCAAGGCUUCAGGCAGCCUGUGCCCUGUGCUGAGGGGGCAUCCGUGGGCUCGCUGCAUAGCUCCCUGGCAACUUCUCCAAGGGCUCCCGGAGGAGUGGACUGCUUCUGCUUUGCUGCAGGCUGGGGUGCUGUGACCAUGCUCACAAAGACUUGGCUCUGCAAAAGCCUCCUCCCCACUUCCUUCCUGAAGAGAAGCUACUGCCCUUUUGCGGAGAACAGUAAUAUGCUUAUCGCACUAGGAAGGCCUUCAAAGCAGACCCGCACCACAGGGGUGUUACCGCUUCUCUCAUCUGUGUAUUUUGCCUUCUGGUACAGUUGUUUCAUCUUACAGCGCAGCCGGGUCUGGUGAAUGUUGUGCCAAAUGGCUUUGCAGUGGUGACUGCUUCCAGUGCCGUGGCUGGAACUGGAGUUUGUCGUGUGCCUUCCGGACGCCAGGCAGGACCAGCUUGGCUCUGCUGGCCAGGAGCAGCAUCUCAGUCCUUCAGGAACCAGAGAGACCCCAAGCGCCGUCCCAGGGAAGGAAAGCGGUUGUUUCCAGAACCGUGGAAGAAAGCUGACGGCACUGGUCUGAGAUGACUGCUGCGAGAAAAUAUUAUGCUGCUCUCUGCUUUGUUCUCUGCAUUUUACUAAUGACUAUCUUUAAAAGCUGGAUGUAUAUUGACAGAUUUCUAACAAAAACUGAAAUGAAGGAAGAUAAUUGCUGCGAAUGGAAAGUUACCAACAGCACGAUCACAGCCUUGGAGGAUAACAGAACCUUUAUCGUAGCCCCGUACUUUGAUAACAGAGAGAGCAAAAUCACCCGAGUGAUUGGGAUUGUUCACCAUGAGGAGGUGACGGCACUUUACUGCUGGUUCUGCUGCCAGCCCGAAGGGGAAAUACACGUAUCUAGGGGACACAUUGAUGUCCAUUUGGAUCGAUUUGACUUCCCGUACGGUGCAGCAGACCUGCUCUGUGCAGAACCCCCCACCUGUGAUCCGAGCUAUGUGUCGAUUCACUCAUUCUCUAAUGGAAAUAUUGAACAGCUGCCCAGAUUUGAAAUAAAGAACCGCAAGCCUGAGCCCUUUUCUGCUGACUUCACCGUGUGCAUCUCAACCAUGUUUGGAAACUACAACAACGUCUUACAGUUUAUACAGAGCAUGGAGAUGUACAAAAUUCUUGGGGCCCAGAGAGUGGUGAUCUAUAAGAACAGCUGCAGCCCCCUGAUGGAGCGCGUCCUGGCCUUCUACAUUGCAGAAGGGACCGCCGAGGUCAUUCCCUGGCCCAUCACCUCCCACCUCAAGGUGUCUCCUCACUGGCGCUUCCCGAAGGAUGGGACGCACAUCGGUUACUACGGACAAAUCACCGCUCUCAACGACUGCGUGUAUCGCAACAUGUACCGGAGCAGGUUUGUGCUGCUCAAUGAUAUCGAUGAGAUUAUUCUGCCCGCGAAGCACCCGGAUUGGAAAACCAUGAUGAGGAGUCUUCAGGAGCAGAAUCCAGAAACGGGCGUUUUCCUCUUUGAGAAUCACAUCUUCCCCAGCACCGUGUUCACUGCCACCUCCACGGACCAGAUGGACACUUCAUCGUGGCAUGCUGUGCCCGGAGUGAACAUACUGCAGCAUAUGCACAGGGAGCCUGACCGGAAAGAUGUCAUCAACCCUAGGAAAAUGAUAGUUAAUCCAAGGAAGGUGAUUCAGACUUCAGUCCACUCUGUCCUGAGGGCCUACACUGACAGUGUGAAAGUUCCUUUGGAGGUUGCCCUUGUCUACCACUGCCGGGGACCGCUGCAAGGGCAGCUUCCCAGAGAAUCGCUGAUUCGGGAUACGACGCUCUGGAAAUACAACUCCUCCUUAAUCUUGAAUGUUAACAAUGUGCUACUGCAAACUGUGUUUUAGGGCAACACUGGAGCCAUCAAGGGGAAGACUGGCAGUGUAGGGUGCUGCGAACAGCAAUGUGGAGACGACCAUGAUUAAGGUACAUGUGAAUAUUCAUAUUCAGUCAUGAGGACCUGGGAGAACAUUCCUUGAGCAUCUGGGAUAAAAAGGAGAAAUUCACUCAUCGCGAGCUGAAGCAUUUGUGAUUUUGUAAGGAAAUGCCGUCCAAUACAAAGCGUCUUAUCACUCCAAUGAGUUCUCUAUUAUAAGUUGUCAGCUUUUUGGUCAGGCAAGUAAUGGAAAAACAGAUAUGGUAAUUAAUAAAGAAUUAAAAAUUCGGCAUCAUAUUGCCAGUCAAAAUGGUUUUAUGGUAAAUAUGCCUUGUCACAUGAAUCUGAUGUCAUUGUUGUGCUUUCCUGUGCUUGUUGAUAAAGGUAAUGGCAGAGAUGUCACAUCUUAGUGUUUUGUAAAUAAUGCGAGGGGACAGGGCUGAUCCUGUCUCGGGCGGGGGACUGGCCUAGAUGUGCAGUCUGGAGGUCCCUUCCACCCCGCUUCUCUGCGAUUCUGUGACUGACACUGCACAGUACUCUGGACCAGGACUUGAGCACUGCGCAAUACCAAAGAAUAUAUUAACACACGUCCAAGUAACUGCUGACAGGGAAUCAUCUCGGAAGUGGGAUCAGAACUAAGCCUGAGGCUAUUCAACAUUUCCAUUUGUGUUUUUUAGAAACGCUACUGAAAAGCUAUGUAGAUAGCAGAGCUAAUAUCAGAAUGGUGAAGAGGUGUCAGGGCAGUCCUACAGAUCGUUUGAGUCGCUGUAAGCACUGUCCUUAAAACAGAACAUGCUACUGCAGCCCAAAGGCAAGGUCAGACAGCUAGGAGCAAGGGACACGGGCCAUACCCUGAAAAGCAGCAACUCAGAAAGGAUGUAGUAGGAGUAAUAGCCAAGCAGUGCAACGUGAGCCCUCGGUGUGAUGCUGUGCCAAGAGGAGCCAAGGCAAUCCCUAGACAGGGAGAGAGAGACUCGGCCAAGGCACUGCAAAAAUCUCAUGUUAAGCUGAAGCCAUUGUAGCUGUGUGUGAAGACCUCUUCCAAGAACCUGUGGCAGAGUCAAUACCACAGAGUAAAGAGGAACUGAAAAGUUAUCAAUUAAAAUUACAUCCACCAAAGCUAUGAGAAACGAUCUAGAAACGUGGACCAGAUGUAAACUGCACCUGAGUCUGUUUCUCCAAGCAGAAGACAGCAGGUAUCUUCAUUUCGGAUGCUAGUGCGUUCCAACAGACAUGGGAGGUUAACUAUGGAGCUACCUCACACCGAGUGAGAACGGCACUCGGUGUGGCAGUCAGCCAUGACAGACGUUGGCAGUCACGGGUGUGACGGAGCUUGUGAUGGAUCCAUGGCUGAAGAGCUAUUUUUAAGUUUUCAGCUAAGCAGUGCUGGGCAGUGGAAAACAGUCCAGGACAUAGCCAGAAACAAUGGUGAUAGCACCAACAGGAAAACCACGAGUCGUGAAAAGCAAGGGUAACAACAGUGAGCUCACCAUCACUAAGCAUGCUGACAAACUGGAUGCACAAGUAAAUGACUAACUGGAUCAAUUUUAAUAGUACCUUUCCCUUAGUAUUGGGUUAAAAGCAUGUUAGGUCUGUGACUGCUUUCUAAGGAGGGCUCAGAGCAGUUGCAGAGGAGUGUGAGCACAGGUUCCUUAUUGCCUGGAAUGCACCGGAGGACAGGACAAACCCCGCCACAGCCCGGGCGCCCAGAAAGUCCCUUUGUCCUGGCGCAGAAGCUGGAAGGCACCGCAGAGGCUGACAAGAGUGGGGACAGGCGCUGAAUGCUGUGGGAGGCGAAAAAGGAAACAUCACUUCCGUACAAGAGAGCUCUUUUUCCUUUACCCGCAAGGAGCGAGAUCGUGGGGCUGCUGGCAGAUACUGUACUGCAGCUGACGUGUCCGGGCUCUGGGCAUGCAUUUGUGCUCGUUCAGCACCCCCGCAGGAGAUCAGGUCCUGCUGCGCUGUCUUGGUGUUGUUAGGUACAGGGGUAGUCCACCAGCAAAUUAAUUAAUUUUAGUGAUGGACUUGGUGGCUAAGGUUUACAACGCUGGUGGGGAGAGGAGAAUCAAAGCCUGCCUACAGCUUUCUGGCAGCUUUGGGAAGAGCCAGAGCUGCAGGACUGCAGUAAUCCCUGGUAUGGUCAGAGGAACUCAGGAUUUGUAGGCGUAUAAAGAGAAAGAUGAACAAACAACUUGUGUGAUUUCAGCCCGUGGAGCUGCCACCACUUCCUGAACGGGAUGCAUCAUUCAUCUGUGAUGGAAAUCACUGGUCACAAACAGGAGUUGUGACAUCUAAGAUUGCCUGAAGUGUCGUUAGAUGGCCACCCCGGGCAGCUGCGUACUGAAGAGGACUGGGUGACCCCUCCCCAGCUCCCAGGAGGAGCGGCGGCGUGAGGGGGAUGGUGUUGGGGACCUCAGUUAGGCACCAGCGACAACACACUAAGGCAAAUGAGCCACACAACAUGGCACUGUCCCAACUAACAGGUUCAGCAUUUCAAGGGAGCCCUGCAAAUCCAGGAGUCUCAGGGAUUAACUAAAAUGUAUUUGUAGAUUGAUGAUAAGGUCUUAUGGAGCUGCUACAUAAAAGCACACUUCACGGUGAUGGUAAAUGUUGGCUGGGAAAAGCAGGGCUAGUAUAGGGAACUGUACCUUUCCGUGGUUUAGCUUCCCACACACAGGAAGCUUGGGCUGCGGUCCUGUCGGACUCCACGCUGUGUUAAACACGGGCAGCUGGGAGCGGGCGAUUGAACAGGGAGGGUCUCCGGACCCGGGAUGAUUUCUGAGUGCUGCUGAGGAGGACGCUCGCCUGUGUUGCUCCUGUUUGGGGCUGCUGGUUUUCAGGACUGACCAGCCCAGUGGCUUUCACCAGCUCCAAGCCAGGAAAGUGAAAGGGGGUUUGUGAAAGCACAUAGCUGGUCACUUGGGAGCGGGAGAGAAGUUGUGCGUGAGCCAUGCUCCAGCACUGUGCGUGGCACAGGCAGAACGGGGCGAGCAGGCAACCUAAGGGGUGAUCCCAGACAGUCUUCUGUGAAGAUUGGUUGAAGUGUCUGGGCGCUGGUGGAUUAGCCUCUGAAGUCACGUCUGGCUGCUGAGACUGAAGAGUGCGUUGUGCUCAUACCUGCAGCAUGCCAGAGGGAGGAGAGCGGGCCCCCAUUCCGUGGCUGUUGCGGAUGAACUGCGGGCGUUCGGACCCGGGGUCGGGGCAGGUAGCCUGGCAGGGGAGCUUGCGGCCAUGGCUCUGGUGGAUGAGCUGAGGUGGAGGUUGUGGCCCCGUGCUUCAAGCACAGGAUGGUAAGUGGUGGCGAUAGCAGCAGUGUUUAGGACACCUUUACUCAUCAGCUGUCCACACGAGCUUCACUUCUUGUCUUUUCCCCAGCCCAUAAGAAUCUGGUUCCAAGAGGCAGGUGGGGUGAUUUUAAUGGCUGAUCUUUGAAGUGAUUUGAAGCAAGAAACCUGGACUUAGAGGUUCAGUGUUAGUUUCUCCGUCCACUUUUUGUGGUGGUGGUAAAAGUUGAAAAUCUCCAUCCUUGGAGGUUUUGAAGACCCAGCUAGACAAAGCCUUGGCUGGGAUGAUGUAGUUGGAGCUGGUCCUGCUUGGAGCAGGGGGUUGGACUAGGUGCAACCUCCUCGGUCCCUUCCAGCCCUUGUUGUCUGUGAUUUUGUCUGGCAUCAAAAGAGAGGUUCGUUUUCAUUAUUUGGUAACCCCAAAGAACUGAUUUUGCAACUAAACACAGUUUGCUAAACUGGAAAAUACUUUGCAUCUCCCCCAAAAAAACUGACUACAGGAAUUAUGUAGCUUAACCUACCAUGCUGUUCUGAUGAUAAGUCUAGGCCUGCACAUACAGCACCCCCACAUUUUCAGGUUUGCUUUUAGGAAAAAUCAGCUUUUUCCCUGAAAAAUUAUUAUAGAUAAAAACCUAGGGCUUCUGUUGCCAUUGCACAAUCCUACAACAGAAUCAAAUCACCAAGGAAAAGAAUCAGAGGGUUAAAUGCACCAAAAAUGCUAAAGGAAAAGCUGCACAGAAAAAAACCGUGACUGGACAAUUUUAUUGCAUGUACAAAAAAUACUGCAAGUUUAAACAUUAAGACUGUUGGGAGCCUGAUUAUAAAGCAACUGCAUGUAAACUAGGUGCACUCUUUGAUGUCUCGUUUGGAGGAAAAAUGGUCAACAAAACAGUACGUGUAUUCAGCUUCAUUAUGCUUACCACCUUCUUACAUGCCAAAAUAUAAAUUAUGUAUUUUUCCUCUAGCUGGGAAUUAAUCUUUUACUUGGGAUUUCUUCCAAACUACGUUGGGGUGGAAAUUGGUAUUGAAUUAAAAAUGCACAAAAACAA